UCAAGAGACCUGUGUCCAGUGCCUCCGGCUCUCUCCUCCGCACCAUGAAAGCAUCCAUCAUCCUCUACGUCCUCUUGGCUUUCCUAGACCAAGGCAGCUCUCUCCAGUGUGAAGUUUGUGAUGGGUUUGAGCAAGACUGUUCUGGCUACAUGGAGACCUGUGAUCCUGACCAAGAUACCUGUGGUAUUAUCAAAAGUGAAGAGAUUUUCGGUGGAGUGAAGAUCCCGUUGAACUGGAAGUCCUGUGUCACAUCCAACGUGUGUCGCAACGGUCAUUUUAGCUUUUUUUUGGAGCAGGGAAUAAGACUCAGAAGGAGUAUCGCCUGCUGCACCGGGGAGGCCUGUCGAACAGUAUCUGUGCAGUGUAUGUCUCUCACCGCCCCUCUGCCGCUCCCCACCCAGCCAUCACAAGCAGCUCAUGCUGGGGUCUCAGUGAUAAGUCCUGCUUUGUCCUCAGCUGGCACUAGCCUUUGGGGUUUAUAG